AUUCGUAGGAACUCUCGUUUUACACUGUAGCUGUGGCAGGAGUGUUUUUGCGGACGGACACAGAGUGAACUUUAACCCCGUUAAAAUGGGCUAUUGUUUUGAUUUAGUAGGCUUCUUUUUCGCGUGAAUAAUUACUAGUUUGUCGACAGAGGGAAACAUUUAAUCGCUCCGGUAUUAUUGAGGAUCUAGUUAAGCGUGAAUGAUGACCAGAAAUCCGGGGUAGCUGUUUAACAGAGAUGCUUUCUUCAAGAUAAGCUAAAGUUAGCUUUUCGGCUAAUGUAGCGUAGCGUAGCUUUGGUAACAACAUCGCGAAAAUGAGGAGCGCCGUGUAGGAGAGACGGAGCAGACGUCGGAAAGCGGCGAUUUCCUGCUUGUCAAUCAUAUUAUCCCAGGGUUAUCUUGUCUGUGUGUCUGGAUUAUCACAAAACAGAAUUUCAGAUCAAACCCAUCGAAACAUUUAAGUCGCUGUUUUAGCUUUGAAGAGUGUUGGACCUUUGCAUCACUCGCACAUUCUUUCGAUGGGGGAGGAAAAACCGGACACGCUGGACUUUGUGAAGGAUUUUCAGGAGUAUCUGAGCCAGCAGACUCAACAUGUCAACAUGAUAUCAGGCUCUGUCAGCGGUGUCAAGGAGGCGGAUGAGCUGCCAGCAGACUGCAGUCAGAAUGGACUGGAUCACCCCUCAGUGGACAUGUCAUUGGAGGACAACUCAGGGAUCCUGGUAGAUGGUUUCGAGAGGACCUAUGAUGGCAAGCUCAAGUGCCGCUACUGCAACUAUGCUACCAGAGGCACAGCACGGCUCAUUGAACACAUUCGAAUUCACACAGGAGAGAAACCUCACCGCUGCCACCUCUGCCCAUUUGCUUCGGCCUACGAGCGUCACCUGGAGGCCCACAUGAGAUCGCACACUGGCGAGAAGCCUUACAAGUGUGAGCUGUGCUCGUUCCGCUGCAGCGAUCGUAGCAACUUGUCACACCAUCGCCGGAGACGUCACAAACUCCUGCCAAUGAAAGGCGCCCGCUCACUGUCCCAUAAGAAGAUGCUGAGUGUUUUACAGAAAAAAGCCAGUUCGUUGGGCUAUGGCCGCAGGCUCCUUAUCAAUUUCAGCCCCCCUUCUAUGGUGGUGCACAAGGCUGACAAUGUGAACGACUUCUCCCAUGAGUUGCCCCACUUACGCCAGGAAACCUAUGAUAAUCAAAGUCGAGCAGGCGAGGACGCUCUCUCCGCAAACCAAAAUCACCAUCAUCAUGAUAUGGUCGUGGAUAACCCCCUCAACCAGUUGUCUACUCUGGCAGGCCAGUUGGCCAGUCUCCCCUCAGAGUCCCAGGCCCAGACUCAGCCUUCGAUGUCUCCAGGAGCAGAGUCUAUCGUUGAUGAAAAGCCAUUCCUCAUCCAGCAGCCACACCCUGCCACGGCUCCUGUUGCUGUCACAGCCAAUAUGGCCCAUGCUUCUUCCUCAUCCCCAAUCACCCCAGAACCCCGGGCUCCUCCCCACAGUAAUUGCAGUCCUGGAGUGGGACCGUGCAGCGAGCACAGUGGGCGCACCAGCACCCCUAGUAUCUCCAACAGCCAGCCCAGUACGCCAGCUCCCGGCCUGUCCGCCCCACUUCAGGACCCCCACAUGCUGCAUCACUGCCAGCACUGUGAUAUCUACUUCCCUGACAACAUCCUUUACACCAUUCACAUGGGCUGCCAUGGCUACGAGAACCCAUUCCAGUGCAACAUCUGCGGCCACAAGUGCAAGAGCAAGUACGACUUUGCCUGCCACUUUGCACGCGGGCAACACAAGUAAUGGAUGAAUGCGGAAAACUUUAAAAGAACUUUUAAUGGACUCCUAUGUUUUAUUAUUUCUAUAGUAAUAUUAUUUAUUUAUCUUUCAUUUGGCCUUUAUGUAGCCUUGUCUUUGAAAGUUGUACUUAAACAGGAAAAUAUCAACAUUCAGAUUAAUUUUGUAUAGUUAAAGGUGCCCAUUCAAGUGUAUUACAAAGGGAUGGUCAGUGUUUUUGACAGGUUGAGAAUUUAUUUGUGACAUCAGUUGCAGUGACAUUCACCUACUGUCAUUGAUCAGGAAAAACAUUUCACUACAUAGUCAAGCUAAGACACUUUAUUUAAGGCUACUAAAUUUACCAUGUUGGUUUAAAUUCUUCUUUUUCCUUUGGUAUAUAAAAGAAAAAAGACUUUGCUCAAAGUGGACCUUCCCCCACAGGCAAACAGAUCAGAUUUUUUUCUACAAGUUAUAUAAAAACCAGUGACUGCUGAAUGAAUAACUGUCAGCUAUUUGGCAGUUUCUUGUAGAUCAUCUUUUAAUGUUGCAUUUGGGGAUGGAACAGGUGAAACACUGCAAGAAUGAGGCAACACAGGAUUUUGAAAUUGGGUGUAUCUGCAAAAAAUCCAAGUUCCCAUCCCAGUGACGUUGACCUUAAGGUCAUGGUGGCACGUCAAGUUUCAAAACUUGAAAUUGAUGCCAUAGAUGCAUCUUAUAGGAUGAGGGGAUGAGUGUUGUAUUCACUGAAAUUUCUGUAAACACAGUACUGCAUAAUUUUAGCUUGCUUGCCAAGACAGUGAAAGAGGGAAGGUCUACUAGAAUAUCAAAUUUGCAUUAACAACGUGUCCCUUUCCCAAAAUUAGAAAGUUGUAAAAAAGAAACUCCACACAAAUAAAUUCUCAACACUCCUGGAGCUUUAACCAAGUAUUGCUCUAAUAUUACUAACUCAGGAGUGAAACUGUUGGCCUUGAGGUAUCUUUGUUAAGCCGCCUUGUAGAAAUUAUUUCAGUGCUUGGUGCAUUUUUACAAUUUCUUUGCAGUGCCUGAUAUAGUCACUUUCUUGAGUAGAUAGAAAGGACUGUUACUUUGAAGAUGGAUACAUUUAUUGUUACACUAGUCUCUUCUUAUUGUAACCAACAGACCCAGAACCUUAGGAAAAAACGUUUGGCCAUUGUAGUUUUCUAUGGUAGCCAUGAUUUAUUUUUUACUUUUUGCCAAAAUUCUGCUACAUGAAUGCUGCUAACUAAUGUAAGAAUCAGUGCCAGCUGUACUAUAAAGAUGGCAUUGAGAGUAAAAUCUGGCCAAACUGUGUAUCACUGGUUUUUGGUCAGCCAGCUAAGUUAUCAACCUAGACCAUAUUUGAAGUUGUGUUGUUUUGAAGUUCCUCCAAACAGUGCCGUUUCCUGAAAUCCAUCCUAGUAGCUCCACUUACUUUGUCAGAAGGGUUUUGUGGACCCUUUUAACUGCAUCAUGUCACUUUCUGACCUUUCAAUAUUGUAUGAAGUCACUUUAAUAUCCAGUAUCUCCAUGUUUAGGACAGAAUUACAAAGUCUUGUGUCUCAUGUGAACACAUUCAGAAUGGCCACGUAGCACUGGGUUGCCACGUUUUAGCCUCUGUGUUUACACACGCUGAGAUUUCCAAUUCAUCAUAUUGAUCCCAGUGAUUUUUCUGAAUAUUUACUGAGUAUUGUAUUCUGAAUGGUUGGAUAGAUGUUCAGUGUCAAGCAAAACCGUGCCGCAGUUAAGACUGCUCCUUUAGCGAGAUUGUCCUGUGUCUUGGGUACUGUUGUCUGUUGCUUAGCAACAUGUGUGAAGAACAUAGUUAUCUGUUUUUAGGACCACCUUGUUACCUUACUUACCAGUAAUGGGGGCAUCCAGUAAUGACUGCCUUAUGUUCUCUCAUUGUGUCGUAGGUUUGUAGGUAAUCGUGAAUGUUUAAGCCUUCUGGCGGUGACAUCCCUCUGGGAUGGUGAAUCAUUGUGAGAUGGAUUAAUCUAACUAAUUUAUAAGUAAAGUGUUUUCUAACUGA